CCCUCCUGUCAUCCGCAUGUCCGGCCCUGCAGUCAGCGCAGCUCUAGUUGGACGCACCGAGGAUGUGACCGUGUCGCUGGCACUGCUGCAGAACGAGACAGGAAUAUUGCCAGUUCCGACUUGCACAGUGCCCAGCAAUGAGACAGAAGACUGGAUUUUGACUGUGACUCCUGGUGUGACUCUCCUAGUUUCAGCAUCUCACAAUGCAUCCUGUUCAGCACAUUUACUCAUUCAAGUGGAAAUUUAUGCCAACUCUUCUCUGGCCCAUAAUGCAUCAGAGAACAUGACUGUGAUUCCUAACCAGGUCUAUCAGCCCCUUGGUCCUUGUCCUUGUGAUCUGACAGCUGGGGCCUGUGAUGUUCGCUGCUGCUGUGACCAGGAAUGCUCGUCAGGCUCCACAGAACUCUUCAGACAGUCCUGCUUCACUGGCGUGUUUGGAGGAGACGUUAAUCCUCCUUUUGAUCAGCUUUGCUCGGCGCAGACAACACGCCGCGUCCCCGACUGGUUCCCCUUACUGUGCGUGCAGUCUCCCCUCGUCAACUCGCCCUUCCUGGGUUACUUCUACCACGGCGCUGUUUCCCCGAAACAAGACUCUGCCUUUGAAACGUGUCUGCAUACUGAUCUAAAAGACAUUGCAGACUUCGGUUACAAACAAGGGGAUCCAAUUAUGACUGUAGAUAAAACGUAUUUCACUAUUCCACAGGUGUCCCUGGCUGGGCAGUGUCUGCGGAAUGCCCCCGUCGCAUUCCUUCAGAAUUUUGAUGUCAAAUGCAUUACGGAUUUGGAAGUACACCAGGAACAAGAUGGUAUUCUCAAUGCGAAGAUCAAAAAUGGUUUAUUAGGAGGCAUAGUUACACCAAAAGUAAUCUAUGAGGAAGCAGCUGACCUAGACAAAUUCAUCACCCUUACAGAAACUCUUUCAAAUAAGGGAUCAGCUCCCAGAAACGUGAAUUUGGAAGAGCAUUAUGUGUUCAGAUGGAAUAAUAAUACCAUCAGUGAAAUAAAUGUUAGAAUUAUGAGGGCAAACAUUGAUGCCCACCAGAAAGGAAUAUUGACCCAGAGAUUUACAGUAAAAUUCUUAAGCUAUAACAGUGUCAGCGAUAAGGAAUUGUCUGGAAAUCCAGGGUACCAACUUGGCAAACCCGUCCGAGCACUAAACGCCAACAGGAUGAAUAAUGCCACCACUUUACACCUCUGGCAACCCGCUGGAAGGGGUUUGUGUACGUCAGCAACUUUCAUGCCCAUUUUGUUUGGAGAAGAUGCGCUGUCUGGGUGCCUUUUGGAAGUUGGGAUAAACGAGAAUUGCACUCAGCUCAGGGAGACUGCUGUUGAGAGACUUGAUUCAUUAAUACAAGCAACUCAUGUUGCCAUGAGAGGCAACUCCGAUUACAGCGAUCCUAAUGACGGCUGGCUCGAAAUUAUACGUGUAGCGGCACCUGACACAGGUGCAGGCCCGUCUGUUAGCAGCACGCCCGGGGUCUGCCUGGGUAUUCCUGCUCAGCUGAGCGUCCGCAUACUCAUCUCUGAGGCUGGCGCAGUGGAAGGGAUUAUUCAGCAGGAGAUACUUGCCGUGGAGACAAGGUCCUCCCCCGUGGACUGGCAGUACCAGUGUGGGCUGACCUGUGAAGACAAGGCCGACCUUUUCCCUCUCAGCGCGUCGGUCCAGUUUAUUAAAAUACCUGCCCAGUUACCCCGCCCACUGACCAGAUUCCAGGCCAGUUGUACAGAGCAUGACUGUAACAGAAACGAGGUGUGCUGGCCGCAGCUUCUGUAUCCCUUGACUCGAUAUUAUCAAGGGGAGCCCUAUUCUCACUGCAUUGCCAAGGGCUUCCUCUUGGUCUCCUUUCUCGUAUUGGCUGUGUUCCUGAGUAACCCCGGGACUAGGAUAUGCAGAGCGUGGAAUUCAUCGGCCAUCUGACUUCUGAAGGACUACAGACGUUCACGUCCGUGAUUUCACUGUGCUCCUAUGUGCCCGUCUGCAUGAGUGAAUGAAAUGUCUUACUUUUGUAGAAUAUUUUGAUUAAGUGCUCUGCGAAUGUAAUUAAUCUCUGUAGCUAUCCAAAUGUUCAAAGCAACUCGGAGCAAACAUUUUUAUCCCUGGACCAGACCAAGUAAAAUGCACGAGAGACUCACCUGUUAAUAGAUGUUAAUAGAUAUUCUAGUUGAUCACAAAGCACUAAAGUCAUGGGAGUUUUGGGCCAAAUACGUUAUUUGUACUUGAAAGAGUCAAUCUUUUAAAAAUAUGUUUAUAUAUGAGUGUUGAAUUCAUUGGUUCAUUUUCCAUAUUCCAAAGAAAGGAUUUCAAGCAGCCUUUAAAAAUGCAUAUAAUACCAAAAAAAAAAAAAGUCACUAAAGAAAGGUAUAGGACAGGGUGAACACUGGGAGAGGGAAAAUAAUAUAGGGAGGAAAGUAAAAAAACAAAAAAAAAAACAGGGAUGAAUGUAAACACAUGAAAAUAUAUGCCAAAGAUUCUUCUGCAUUUUUAUCAAAGGUAGACCCCUAACUUAAUCCUCAGCUUCCAAAAAACUAAUAUGAUUAGCUCAAGAAUCAUGGGGUUCAUAAAUGAAAAAUAAAGUGGCUUUCAGAUGAAGGACCGUUUUUCCUAGCUGAGUCUUGAGAGAAGUUCCUCUCCUGGCCCCUAACGAGGGACAGACGGUGUGAUGUGUGAUGCAGUGGGAGGGAAGUCUAACCACAGCCUACAGCAGCUGCAAGACAAAUCUCCUGUGGUUUCUUUGUGUGUUCCAGAUAAUUUAUUUCGUUGUCAUUUCAGAUGGAUUUCGUGCACCAUUGGUAACCCUAAUUUUGAAAAAGUGCUUCUUUUCCGCUUUACAAUUUGUGAUUGAACUCAUGGGGCCUCUGGAUGUCCCAGCACUACUUAAGAUGUGUGGCCUCUUCACUGCAGUGUUGCUGGCCAGGGGAAGUUUCAAAUCUUCCUUCUAAUCUUUAACCCAUUUUAAAAUAGGGGGACCAGCUGUUCAUCUCCCAGUUCAUAAUAU